GACAGCAAUUGAUAAUAGUAAUUGCAAUAGUCCCAAAAGUCAAAUUCUUGUUUUUCAAGAAAAAAUUAACAGAGUUGGAAAGAUUCACCAAAGAUAUUUACAAGCUGUUCAGACUUGGAAGGCCUGUUCUGCUACAUAUGCCCCUUUUUCAAGCUCUAAAUUCUCUGAUGGACCCUUUCCUUCGGUACCUGUUUACUACAGUCUGCAGCCUUGUUGCCCUUUUGAGUUGCAUUUACUUUUAUCAAUCAAAGAAAGCAAGAACUCACGGGAAAAGAUGCUGCACUGCACCGCAAGCUGGCGGUGCUUUGCCUGUAAUUGGCCACAUGCACCUCUUAGGUGGCCAGCAACUCACCCACAAAACAUUAGGUGCCAUGGCUGACAAAUAUGGACCUGUUUUUUCCAUAAGGCUAGGAUCACACAGAGUCUUGGUUUUAAAUAGUUGGGAAAUGGCCAAAGAAUGUUUCACUGUCCAUGAUAAAGUUUUUUCCACUAGACCAAGCAUUGCUGCUUCAAAGCAUCUAGGCUAUGAUUUUGCUAUGUUUGGGUUCGCUCCUUAUGGGUCUUAUUGGCGUGAGAUGCGCAAGAUUGCCACCAUUGAGCUUCUGUCAAGCCACCGGAUUGAUAUGCUCAAACAUAUACGAGCUUCUGAGGUAAAGACUGCAAUAAGAGAACUGUACAAGUCAUGGCUUAGCAAGGGUAGUACAGAAACUGGAGUGUUGGUGGAUAUGAAGCAGUGGUUUGGUGAUCUAACUCAUAAUAUUGCUUUGAGAAUGGUAGGAGGGAGAAGAUACUUCGGACCAAAUGCUGAUUGUGAGGAAGCAGAUGCAAGAAGAUGCCAGAAAGUUAUGAGAGAUUUUGUUUAUCUGUUUGGAGUGUUCGUCUUGUCUGAUGCAAUACCAUUUCUCGGGUGGCUGGAUUUUCAAGGAUAUGAAAAAUCCAUGAAAAGAACUGCAAAAUUGGACAGUCUCGUAGAAAGGUGGCUGGAGGAGCAUAAACAGAAGAGACUUUUGGGUGGAGGGGUGAUUGAAGAGCAGGAUUUCAUGCAUGUGAUGCUGAACAUCCUGGAAGAUGGCAAGAUUACUGGUUUCGAUGCUGACACCAUCAUCAAGGCUACUUGCUUGAAUUUGAUCUUAGCAGGGAGUGACACGACCAUGGUCACUCUUACCUGGGCCCUGUCUUUGCUACUGAACAAUCCUCGCGUGCUAAAGAAGGCCCAGGAUGAGGUAGACAUGCACGUUGGUAAGGAUAGACCAUUAGAAGAAUCUGAUAUCUCAAACCUGGUCUAUCUUCAAUCCAUUGUCAAGGAAACAUUGCGCUUAUACCCUCCCAGUCCGAUCAUAGGCCUUCGGGCUGCAUUGGAAGAUUGCACCCUCUCAACAGGCUACCACAUUCCAUCCGGUACAAGGUUGAUGGUAAAUGCCUGGAAGAUUCAGCGUGAUGAACGUGUAUGGCUAGACCCUCAUGAUUUUCAGCCUGAGAGAUUUUUAACCAGCCAUAAGGAUAUGGAUUUUAGAGGCCAAACUUUUGAACUCAUCCCUUUUGGCUUAGGAAGAAGAUCAUGCCCCGGGACCUCACUAGCCCUCAAGAUGUUGCACUUUAUCUUGGGCAGGUUCUUGCACAGUUUUGAUGUUGCUAAGCCAUCAAAGCUCGAAGAUGUAGAUAUGACAGAAAGCGCUGGAUUGACCAAUCUGAAAGCGACCCCGCUUGAGGUACUCGUCACUCCACGUCUGAAUUCCAAGCUCUAUGUGGUAUAGGCACAGAAUUAACACAAUUACCUGGAACAAGAAAGUACAGUGUGUAACUAACGCGGUGAAAUAAGGGCUUGUCACAAGGGUCCUGCAGUCCUGCACUCUGUUAUUGAGUUGAUCAUUGCUAUGUCUUUAUAGCUACCCGACUUGCCUACAACACAAACAGAGUAGCAUUCUCUCUCCUUUCAAGGAAUUGGUUUUAGAACGUUAAGGAUACUUUUGAAGCGUGCUAAAAAGAUACUUCUCCCUUUUGAAUGAAUUAGAAGUUUUAUUCAACCAAAAUGUGUGCAGCACAACCCCAAAAGAUUGAUAUUUCUUUCUUUUUUGCUCAGCAAAAGAUUGAUAAAAUUAGCGCAAUAGUGGAUUA